AACUGCGUUACCCACUCCAAUCAGCAGAUGGCUGUGUGGGAAUUUAUGGUUAUGCGGCUAGUGUGACGUCUAAUCUAGUGGACGGAAAUCUUCUUUCAACAGCAGCAACAAUAGUUAGUCAGACACCUCAGUAGCUUGCAAGACAAAAUAGCCGAACCAAUAUAUCGCUUUAGUGUAUAUUAGCCACUGUGUUUUAAACCCACUUCUGUCGUCUUGGUUAGUUUUCCGAUUUAAUUUCAUAUUUACGGUGUUGUAGUUAUUAGUCAGCUAGCGGUCUGGUUAAGUUAGCAUUAGCCUAGCUAACAUCCCCGACCAUGCGGUCACUAAGCUACUCUUCUUCUAAUGAAGAUGAGGAUAUCACAGUAAAACAAGAAGUAGAGGGUGAGGCCGUUACUGUGAAAGAAGAGGAAGACAUGUUCAGAGUGAAAGAGGAGGAGGAUGUUACAGUAAAAGGAGAGGAUGAAGCAGUUUGUGGAGUGAAAGAGGAGGAGGAGAUGACUGUUACAUCCAAAAAGGAGGAGGAAGAAGAGGAGGAAACUGGAUAUCUGGGCCCGGUUUCCCAAACGCAUCUUAAGGCAUCCAAUGGUUCUAACGAUGAAUUAAGCCAUAAGAUGGUUUUGAGAAACCGUUCCCUGAUUAACACUAGAGAGAGAACUGUCUACCAUGGGUCCUCUUGGGAGCCUCAACAACCUCAUGAUGCUGACAAGGCAGAGAAGAGUCUCUCUAGAUCAGAACUCCUCAAGAAACACCAGCAGACACCCACGGGAAAGAAAUCUCAUUGCUGCUCUGACUGUGGGAAAAGAUUCACCUCAUCAGCAGGCAUUAAAAUUCAUCAGAGAAUCCACACUUUAGAGAAACCAUAUUGCUGUGAUCAAUGUGGGAAGAGGUUUACUCAGCUAUGCAACCUAAUAUCACACCAGAGAAUACACACAGGAGAGAAACCUUAUAGCUGUGAUCAAUGUGGGAAGAGUUUUACUCAGCUAUGCACACUAAUAUCACACCAGAGAAUACACACAGGAGAGAAACCAUACAGCUGUGAGGAAUGUGGGAAGAGUUUUGCAAGGUCGAGCAAUCUGAUUCUUCACCAGAGAACACACACAGGAGAGAAACCUUAUAUCUGUGAUCAAUGUGGGAAGAGUUUUACUCAGCUAAGCAGCCUGAUAUCACACCAGAGAAAACACACAGGAGAGAAACCAUAUAGCUGUGAUGAAUGUGGGAAGAGUUUUGCAAGGUCGAGCAAUCUGACUCUUCACCAGAGAACACACACAGGAGAGAACCCCUAUAGUUGUACUCAAUGUGGGAAGUUUUUUUUUACAUCUAGCCAUCUGAAGAUACACCAGAGAAGACACACAGGAGAGAAACCUUAUAGCUGUACUCAAUGUGGGAAGUGUUUUGUUCAAUCUAGCCAUCUGAAGAAACACCAGAGAACACACACAGGAGAGAAACCUUAUAGCUGUACUCAAUGUGGGAAGAGUUUUGUUCAAUCUGGGGAACUGAAGAUACACCAGAGAACACACACAGGAGAGAAGCCCUAUUGCUGUUCUCAAUGUGGGAAGAGUUUUGUUCAAUCUAGCCAUCUGAAGAAACACCAGAGAACACACACAGGAGAAAAACCCUAUAGCUGUGAUCAAUGUGGGAAGCAUUUUACUCAGUCAAGCCACCUGAUAUCACACCAGAGAACACACACAGGAGAGAAACCUCAUAGCUGUACUCAAUGUGGGAAAAGUUUUACUCAGUCAAGCCACCUGAUAUCACACCAGAGAACACAUACAGGAGAUAAAUCUUAUAGCUGUGAUAUAUAGAUAUCUGAUUAAACAUCAGAAAAUACAUGCAUGAAGGAGUUUUUUCAUGAUAUCAAACAUUGUAGAAGGAGUAUUUGGGUGCUGAUUGUCUCAAGGUUGGGCAGUCAAAACGUUUUGUGUUUUGCUUUUAGCCAGUGCAUCACAAUUUAUUUUGACUAAGUUUUUCCCGUAUUGGAGAUGAGUUUUGUUUGGGCUCUUUCCAAGGGGACGAGAGUUCUAGAGGCAAGUGGAGUUUUAGGAAGACAUGAGUUCUAGAAGCUAGUGAGUUUUAAGGAUUCUAUAGAAAGAAAAAGAAAAGAUACGAUUGUAUAUUAUUAUUUAGAAAUAAAUGUUUUUUUAUUGUUUUUAAUUGUUGACAGCCAGUAGAUACCAUGUUUAUAUUGUAGACGGUGAAGUAUUGUAGUAGAUUAUGUGAAAUGGAAGUUAUUUUCUGUUGGUGGUGCGCAAACUUUUCCAACAACAAGAUAGGAUAUAUUUGUUGUUUUUAGGGGGAAAGUGUUACAGGCUUUCGUUUUUCCAUUUAUGUUUUGAGGUUGGACUUUAGCACAUAGGAAAGGGGGAUACCUAGUCUGUACAACUGAAUGCAUUCAACGGAAAUGUGUCUUCAGUGCACUGAUUGGUGUCACUUCGUUAGC